AGUCCCAGUCUCUACUGGGCAUGUCUCCGCCUCUUUAACAGAAUCCUACUCCCGAACAAGUGAAAUAAAGUUUAUUGACUGCAGAGAAUAGGCUAACAAAUAAAUAUCGCGUGGAACAAAAUGCCUGCAGUCUCUAAAGGAGAUGGAAUGCGUGGCCUCGCUGUGUUUAUAUCGGACAUUAGGAACUGUAAAAGUAAAGAAGCAGAGAUCAAGAGAAUUAACAAAGAGUUGGCCAACAUCCGCUCAAAAUUUAAAGGAGACAAAGCACUAGAUGGAUACAGUAAGAAGAAAUAUGUGUGCAAGCUGCUUUUCAUAUUCCUUCUUGGCCAUGACAUUGACUUUGGCCACAUGGAGGCAGUCAACCUGCUCAGUUCCAACAAGUACACAGAGAAACAAAUUGGUUACCUGUUCAUCUCAGUGUUGGUCAACUCAAACAGUGACCUCAUCAGCCUUAUCAACAAUGCCAUAAAGAAUGACCUGUCCAGCAGGAAUCCCACUUUCAUGAACCUGGCCUUGCACUGCAUUGCCAAUGUGGGCAGCAGGGAGAUGGCUGAGGCUUUUGCAGCUGAGGUGCCCCGCAUCCUGGUGGCUGGGGACACUAUGGACAGUGUGAAGCAGAGUGCUGCCCUGUGCCUACUGCGUCUCAACAGGACCUCUCCAGACCUAGUGCUCAUGGGAGAGUGGACCGCCCGGGUGGUUCAUCUGCUUAAUGACCAGCACCUGGGUGUGGUGACCGCUGCCACCAGCCUGAUUACCACACUGGCACAGAAGAGCCCAGAGGACUUCAAAACAUCUGUCUCCUUGGCUGUAGCCAGACUCAGCAGGAUCGUCUCCUCGGCCUCCACUGACCUGCAGGACUACACCUACUAUUUUGUUGCAGCACCCUGGCUUUCUGUCAAGCUCCUGCGUCUCCUACAGUGCUAUCCUCCGCCUGAGGAUGGUGCGAUCCGGGGCCGUCUGACCGAGUGUCUGGAAACCAUCCUGAACAAGGCCCAGGAGCCUCCCAAGUCGAAGAAGGUGCAGCACUCCAACGCUAAGAACGCUGUGCUGUUUGAGGCCAUCAGUCUAAUCAUCCACCAUGACAGCGAGCCCACUCUGCUGGUGCGGGCCUGUAACCAGCUGGGCCAGUUCCUCCAGCACCGGGAGACUAACCUGCGCUACCUGGCCCUGGAGAGCAUGUGCACCCUAGCCAGCUCCGAGUUCUCCCAUGAGGCCGUUAAGACACACAUCGAGACGGUCAUAAAUGCCCUCAAAUCAGAGAGAGAUGUCAGUGUGCGCCAGCGUGCUGUGGACCUGCUCUAUGCAAUGUGUGACCGCAGCAACGCCAAACAGAUUGUAGCAGAGAUGCUCAGCUACCUGGAGACGGCAGACUACUCCAUCAGAGAGGAGAUAGUGCUAAAGGUGGCCAUCCUGGCAGAGAAGUAUGCAGUUGACUACACCUGGUAUGUUGACACCAUCCUCAACCUGAUCCGCUUCGCUGGGGACUAUGUCAGUGAUGAGGUCUGGUACCGCGUCAUCCAGAUCGUCAUCAACAGAGAUGAAGUGCAAGGUUAUGCUGCCAAGACAGUGUUCGAGGCACUCCAGGCCCCAGCCUGCCAUGAGAACCUGGUAAAGGUCGGAGGGUACAUUCUAGGGGAGUUUGGGAACUUGAUAGCAGGAGAUUCAAGGUCAAGUCCACUCAUCCAGUUUGACCUGCUCCACUCCAAGUUUCACCUGUGCUCGGUGCCCACCCGGGCUUUGCUGCUCUCAGCCUACAUCAAGUUCAUCAACCUGUUCCCUGAGGUGAAGGGCACCAUCCAGGAGGUGUUGCGCUCAGACAGCCAGCUCCGCAAUGCAGACGUUGAACUACAGCAGCGUGCUGUGGAGUACCUGCGCCUCAGCUCUAUCGCCAGCACUGACAUACUGGCCACGGUGUUGGAGGAGAUGCCUCCCUUUCCCGAGAGGGAGUCCUCUAUACUGGCCAAACUCAAGAGGAAGAAGGGACCAGGAAACCUGCAUCCCGAUUUGGAUGAGACCCGCAAAGAACGCAGUGCCAAUGGGGGUACUGCAGACCAUAGCAGCACUACCUCAAAUGCCAAGAGCUCUCCUCUCUCGUUCGUUGGGGAUCUUCUGGCCCCCGCCUCGACCGCACCCCCCACCAACCGGCCACGUCCGGUCUCUUCUUCCUACCUCCUGCAGGCCCCCCUCACCCCCAUUCCCCCCCAGGCCUCUGCUGUCCCUGUGCUGCUUUCUGCUGGGCCCCUCUCUCAGGUGGCCGCGUCCCCCACUCCCUCCACAGACCUGCUUGGCCUGGGCAGCACCAUCACCACUCAAAACUCUGCCCCUCCUGCCUCCAAGGGGACAAGCCUGCUGGUGGAUGUCUUCUCUGAAAACAUAGCAGCCUUUCCUGUAGAGACACCAGUGGCAGUGGGGCCUGUUGCAGAUGAGAACUUCUCCAGGUUUGUUUGCAAGAACAAUGGUGUCCUAUAUGAGAACCAGCUCCUCCAGAUUGGCCUGAAGUCUGAAUUCAGACAGAAUUUGGGUCGGAUGUAUGUGUUCUUUGGUAACAAGACAUCAACCCAGUUCAUGAAUUUUGCUGCCUCUGUAGUCUGCCAAGAUACUCUGCAGGCUCAACUGCAUGUCCAUGCCAAGCCUGCAGACCCCACUGUGGACGGGGGUGCACAACUCCAGCAGAUACUCAACAUUGAGUGUAUUUCUGACUUUGUGGAUGCACCUGUGCUCAACAUUCAGUUUAGGUACGGGGGAACUCUCCAGAACGUUGCUGUUAAACUGCCUAUUACGUUAAACAAGUUUUUCCAGCCUACAGAGAUGACAUCGCAGGACUUCUUUCAGCGCUGGAAACAACUUGGAGCCCCUCAGCAAGAGGUACAAAAGAUUUUCAAAGCAAAGCAUUCCAUGGAUACAGAGGUUACCAAAGCCAAGAUAAUGGGGUUUGGUGCUGCUUUGCUGGACGGGGUAGAUCCAAACCCCUCCAACUUUGUGGGCGCUGGUGUCAUCCAUACGAAGACCACCCAGGUUGGCUGCCUCUUGAGACUGGAGCCUAAUACUCAAGCACAGAUGUACCGCUUAACACUAAGGACAAGCAGAGAUACUGUGUCGCAGCGCCUGUGUGAUCUGCUCUCGGAACAAUUCUGAAAUGCUUUCAGAUCAGGUCUUCUAAACUGAUAUACUACAGAGCUGUACAAGCUCCCCCUGCCACUUGUGAAGACACCACAUGGUUCAUAACAAACAGUUCACACUUAUCCUUCCCGUGUGUCUCAUUUAAAUUGGAAUUGAUACAGUGUACAGUGUAAAUUCUUUUUUAUAUUUGACUUAUUAUAAAUGUACUUCAAAUGACUUUCACUCACUACUAAUAUUUCACUGAGUUAAAUCUGCCUUAUGUCCAUGUGCGCACAGAAUAUUUACGGCUUUGCUUUUGUUGUGGAAAAAGCUUAGUCCUCUCCCUGUUCUUUAAAGACAUAUUGACUGGAAGAAUUGGAGUUCAGGGGGACUGGCAAGAAAAUGCCUUAAUUGUCUGACCCUCUUUUCCAACUGAGCAAUGAUUGUGUCCAUAGAUGUUCCUAUUUUGUGUUUCAGAUCCAGGGUUACAGUUACACAAGCAUACAUGAAAAGAUGUCGUCUUAUUUAGUUCUAAGGAUGGCAGCUGUCUUCUCUGCUCUUGUCUUACCUGAACACGUCAUGACCCUAUUGCAAACCCUAGCCAUUGUGUAUGAUUUUUUUGUGUAUGGGGAUAAGAUUUUAAAUUGCAGCUGUCAUUAUGUAGAUAUUAAGGGACUCUUAUGAGAAAUCAUCUUCUUGCUAGUAAUGUGUGUGUGUGCUUAUGUUCAAAAACAAACCACUAAGGAAUUAAGUGGUGGCAUUAUAUUCAAAUAUGCAUACAAUUGUGUGUCCAACCAAAGUUGUUCUCUGUCCCAAAUCAGGGGGUUAUUUGUAUCCAAUAUGUCUCUCGGACAUGUUUUGUAUCUAAUGAAAUAUAUAUUUUUUAAAGAUAGGCCAUUUAAUAGAGCACUGAAGAACUAUACACGUACACAACGCCCAAUUUACAACAGGGUUUCUUGACGCCUGUGGCCUUUGCAGUCGUAAGGCUGUUGGCUGUCUAGUUUAACUUGUAGGUACAUACUGAAUCACUUCCUGUCCUCCCAGUGCCUUUAAGUUAUAUGGGUUAAAAACUAUAUAUGUAUCAACGGCCAAGGCUUCUCUGCUCCUAAUGAUAUUACAUGUGUUGCCAAUUAAAGUUGAUUGUGUCACUUUUA